UUUUUAGUUUACAAAUCUUCAAAUUCCCAAAUUUCUAAAUUUUCAUAUCUGUUGGAUUUUUAACACGUCAUCAUUUCAUGGUGCACGUACCGUGCACACUAACACAUUAUGAGUCCUUCGGCGGGCACUUGAUUUGUUCAUCACUCAUUUAAAAGAGUAAUACUCGGAUUACAUGUUUGAAUAAUUUAAAUAAUAUUUAGAUCUUUUAGUGUCAAUAUGUGGGCAGAUACUAUUUUAAUCGUAUUUAUUAGUAUCUGCACAGCUUUAUUAGGAGAAGGUUUAACAUGGUUAAUGGUUUAUAGAACAGAGAAAUAUCAAAAAUUGAAAUCGGAAGUAGAAAAGCAAAGUAAAAAGUUGGAAAAGAGAAAGGAAGCACAUGGAGAUUCAUUAGAUAAGCAGCAAAAGAAGAAAAUUGAACGAGAAGAAGAAAGAUUAAAAAAUAACAACAGAGAUUUAUCACUCGUAAAAAUGAAAUCAAUGUUUGCAAUUGGUUUUGCAUUUACUGCUCUUUUAAGCAUGUUCAAUAGCAUUUUUGAUGGUAGAGUUGUGGCAAGAUUGCCUUUUGUUCCAAUUAGUUGGAUACAAGGUUUAUCCCAUAGGAAUCUUCCAGGAGAUGAUUAUACAGAAUGUUCCUUUAUUUUUCUUUAUAUACUUUGCACUAUGAGCAUUAGACAGAAUAUUCAAAAGCUACUUGGAUUUGCUCCAUCUAGAACAGCAAGUAAACAAAGUGGAAGCAUUUUUGGCCCUCCACCUCAACAAUUUAAAUAAAUUUAGAAUUACUUAAAUUAAUGAAAUAUUUCUCAUUCUAUUUUAAUUAAUGAAUGAUUGAUAUCGAAAGAGAUAAAUUUUCAUAUAAAUUAAAAGUGGAGCUUAAUAUAUUAUAAUAUAUACUUGAUGUGUAUAUUACCUUUUUGAAUAUACAGUUUAGUAUACAUAUUAUGUAUAUUUAAUACUAAUGUCUUUAAUUUGUAUAUAAUAUAUUGUUUUAUUGACUAUAAAAAAAUUGUUGAUAAGUAAUUGUUUAAACAUGUAAUUGUUAGAUGUAUAAAGAAAAGUAUGAUUUUUAUAGAAACAUAAAAAUGUAAAGAUAGUCGUAAAUAUUUAAAAAUAUUAAUGAAAAGAUAAUAAAAUGUUUAAAUAUAUUGUAAAGGGAGUCUUUUAAUUGGUAGAGUAACUGCAGUAUAUUUUAGAAAAUAGGUAUGACUCAUGUAUUCCAUCAAGCAGUUCUUAUACAACAAUCAAUGUUAUAUACAAACAUAACAAUCAAUCAUAUACAAAAAAAUAACCACUACCUUUAAUUCGUAAAAAAUAUUUAAUACAAUAGUAUGCUAGCGAUCACGUUUGUCGAAUACAUGUUCAACUUCACACGUGAAAAGGUAUUCUACAAACAUCCGAUCGUUUUGCACUUCACUAUUUCAAAUUAUACAUACACGUCUUUACUAAAAACUUGCUUUCUUUUAUAUUAUUACAUAUUAUUUAAGCCUAAAACAGUCUCUUGUUAUUAGAGCUAGCGAGAUUUUAUACAAAAUGGUACAAUUAUAAUAUUUACAAUCGAUCUACAUACACGACUAAAUGUAAGAUAUCUUAAUUUAAUAAAAAGUUAUUUAACUUAUUAUUUGAA